ACGCUUUUAUCCAAAGCGACUUACAAAAGUACAACAACAACAACAACAUCAACGACGAGUCUGUGUUCGUCUCGUAUGUUCUUGUUAGCAUUGCUAAGUUAGCACAUACUUUUACGACGCUGGAUUCCUUUUAGCGGCAGUUUCCUGCUGUUCUCGUCCAACCUGCUGACAUUUCCUCAGGAACGCGACUCACCUGUGUCGUCACGAACGUAAAUCAGGUGUCGAUCUAAGUUACGUCACAUUUUUCUCGUGUUACGAAUGUGUUUUGUUUUUGUAACCAUAGUAACAGCAGAAGUAUUUUACUGUGUUUGUUUUGUUUGUUUACUGUGUGACCACAUGUUUCCUGUCGAUGUUCCCCUGGACGCUGCGGCGCUGACGUCAGCGUCUCAGUGUUACUUUGCUUCUUUGAAGUCGACGCCCACUGACGCUGAAUGGUUUGAAUUAUCACAGAUGUCAAAAGUCAAAAUAAGCAGCAACAACGUCAGGAGUCUGCAGCUGUUUGAAGACGUUUCCGUGGCAACGCUUCACCUUCCUGACGACCCACAACAAGUGGUGGCGCUGUACCUGCACGAGAAGUGGUGGAGCGUGGACGAUGUCUUACGAACGUCCAGUGAAUGGAGGAGGGGCUUAGUGUCAGUGCAGUCGAUCGCAGAGAGGCUGAUUGUGUUCCUGCUCAGUCAAGUGGUGGAGAGGUGUUUCCAGGAGGAGGCACUGUUCUUGCUGCAUCCCCGCACAGAGAGACUUAAACUGCUGUGGAGUGAAGGAGAGGCGGUCGGCUUCUACUCCGUCAAACACAAAGGUGUUCUGUGUGACGACUGGAGCGGCCGCUGUUACCUGCUUCCUGUUCUCGACACCGUGCUGGUGAGGCGGAGCCGUAGGAGGCGGGGCUUCGGCCUGAAGAUGCUGCAGGAUUUUUGCUCCUCCUUUGCCACAGAAGAGUUUGUUGGGCUCAGCACUCCGUUAUCAGUUAGCAUGUUAGCAGUGUGCAGGACGUUUCUGCAGCAGCAUCACGAGCAUCGGGAGCGUCUGUACGAGGUGGAGGCUCCAGGAGCCUGGAGCCAACGACGCAACAUCUGGCUCAACAUCCAGCUGAGAGACAGCAGCACGGGGGACACUGAGGACACCAGGGACACAGAGGACACCAGAGACACAGAGGACACGUAGCUCCUGCAUAUGAUUUCAUGUUUGUGGACACAAUGUGAGAAGACACUGUCACAAACUGUCCUAAUCUCAGUUUAAGACAUUUUCAUUUUCAUGUUUGAUCAAACGUGAGGACUAAGUCCUCGUCUGUUUUAAAGUAAAAAAAUAAAUCAGUUCAGACUCCUGAA